AUGGAUAAGAUUAAAAUUGACAACAAUUUUCAAUCAACAACAACAACAACAAAAGUUUCUCAACAAAAACAACAACCAAUUAGUUAUUAUUCACCGAAACAUUUGAACGGUUGGUUCGGCGGUACUGAUCAUACAGUUGGUCCCGAUAUCAUCGGUAUUAUUGAUAUGCAGCUGAAAAACUUGGAUGAAUUUGACGCCAGUCUUAGACAAUCAUCGACAACAACAACAACAACAACAGCAGUAGUUGUUGUCGACGACAACAAUGUCGAAGAGUUGACCGAAAAAUUGAGUGCAACUGAACGGGAAAGGGAUGUCAAUAGGGAUAGACUGAGGGAACUGGAGUCUAGAUUAGCCGACUGUGAGAAAGAGCUUCGGGAAGUCAAACGUAUUAACGAUUGGCAGGAAAAUUGUAUCGAAACUAAUGAGUCGGAGAUUCAAAGACUACGGGAGUGUCUGAAUGUUACCGAAAUGCGAGUCCAGGAGACCAUCGAAAUAUCGGAAGAAAUUAUUGUCGAUUUGACUGCCAAACUAAAGAUAACCACCGAUGAACUAGCAGUAUAUAAAUGUCAGACAUUGUCGGGUACUGUUUCAGGACCUACCGGUGCUGACAAAGCUAACAAUGUUGAACAACAACAGCAACACUAUAUCAAACAUAACCUAACAAAAGGUGGUCUACCUCAUCAUCAUCAGAGUAGGCUAGCUAAGCAUAUGGGAGGGGUGGCCAGGGCUUUAAGUCCAUCGAGGACACCAUCGUUUUACGUUGAGCUCAAUGACAGUAGCAGCAGCACCGGUAGCCAAAUCAAUAAUAGUGGAAAUCAUAGUAGUGAUUACAAUAAAUGCAACAACAAAACAACCGAUUAUUAUCUUAAUAAUAGUAAACUAAAGCUAAAAGUUUUGACCACCGAAAUGGAUAACCUGUGCAAACAGUUUACAGUAUCGGCUAUCCGACAAUUGUGGCCACAAAAGGGAACGUCGGGGGUCUCGGUUAGUAUUGUCGACACACUGGCCGACAAGUUAGCCAACAAAUUGAACGACAAGUUUGGCCGCCAGUGGAACUGUUGGCUUAUGUCGGCUAAUAGUAGUAGUGGUAGUAGUAGUGGUAUACAUACCGGUUCGCUGAACUACCAGUGCGGUACAUAUAUGUUAUGCUCGUUGAAUAAGUGCUGGCAUUUAUUUGUGGCAACCAUUGGUGAAACACCAUCACCACAACCACCACCACCACCAACAACAACAACAGUUAGUCAACAAUUAACAACAACUAUAGAACCGGUAGUUAGUAGUGCCGACACCACCGAUCCCACAGCUGUCCGUAUAUUCAAACGUAGUGUCAAUCUUGAGGCACCUAUUGAACGAAUGAUCAUCAAUAUAGCAUUGGAUGCCAUUAGUAGUCAACAACAACAACAGCACCUACAGGUGCUGAUGAUGGCAGACAAUACUGAUAGUAGUAGCAGUAGUGGUGACCUAAAUAGUAGUCUAAACCUAUACCAAACAGUUAGCGUCCAAAUACGUGACCAGAUUUGUUCAAAAUAUAAUAGCCAAUGGUUUGUAUCGGUUGGCGGUACCCACAACUACUCGACCUCCUGGGCAUUGGCCAGGAGUCGCAAGUUUUUGCUGUUUGAGGUGUCAAAUGUCAAGUUUACUGUUGCCGAAGUUGGCUUCGGCUGGUUAUGGUAA